UGUCCUUAUCAAAACACAGAUCUGAGUUUCUAUUUAGCAUCACGUCCGAAAAAAAAAAAUAAAAAAAAUAAUUUAAAGAUGUGGUGCAGACUCGGACUGUCUCAGACAUCUGCAACAGCUCAUUAUCAAAACUUGAAGAUCAUCUUCAGAGCAGAAACCAUGAGGGCAUCUUCUUUGUGUCUGGUGUUCGGGCUGGUCCUGCUGAUGGCCCGGACUUCUGAGGCUCAGCCUGCUGCAGUUCCUAAGUGCUGUUGCUUCAAUUUUAUUGACUUUCAAAUUCCAACCUAUAAAAUUGUGAGUGCUGAGAAGACAAGUUCACAUUGCCCUUCCCCUGGCAUUGUGGUUACGACACCUAGAACCGAAUUUUGUGUGGAUCCUGCAGAGGUUUGGAUAAAGAGUUUUAUGGAGAAGCAGCUUAAGCAAUAAAAACACAAUACAUUUCGCAAAACAUAAUACUGUUACUGCUUUAUACAACAUUUCCUGAAACUGAAUGUUAAACUCUUAUCAUUGGUUACAAUUUACAAUAAAGUUCAUUAGUUAACAUUAGUUAACUACUUUAGUUAACAUGAACUAAGAAUGAACAAUACCUCUACAGCAUUUAUUAAUCUUAGUUAAUGUUCAUUUCAACAUUUAUGGAAAAGUUUUGUAAAGUGAUACCUUUUCAUUUAGCACUUAAUCUAUGCAAAUAAAUAUUCAAAUGCAAUGAGA